AGCUUGACCAAUAUAUUCCUCCACUAUUGCUAUAACCUAAUUCCUUGAAUGAGAUGCUCCCCAGCUUGCCAUUAAAGAACAGAGACUAGCCAAUAACAGCUUCACAAACUAUGUAGCUUGUUCGUCAUCAACAAGCAUGCCUUCCCUCAAAAUUCUUUUGCUCCUCUUCUUCAUCAGCUUCCUCUAUUCUGCGACUCCUUCAGAAGCACAACCUACUUAUUCUAAUAGCAGCUGCUCCUCCAACUCCUUCUCUGCCAACAGUUCCUUCCAAUCCGACCUCACCAUCCUCCUCUCUUCCCUAGCUUCCACCACCACCGACUUCUACAACACCACUGUUGCCGGUGGCCGCGACACCGUAUACGGCCUCUUCAUGUGCCGGGGUGACGUCAACCUCGACUUGUGCCGCCAGUGCGCCGGUAACGCAAUCCAAAAAUUAAUUUCCCUUUGCCGAUUCUCCAAGGAGGCCGUGAUCUGGUACGACGAGUGCAUGGUUCGCUAUUCUUACCGCUACUUCUUCUCCACCGUCGACAUAAGACCUACUUCGUGCGGGGUCAACCCCACCAACGUCUCCAACGAUCAAACAAGAUUCAUGAAUUUAUUGUCGACUACCAUGAACCAGGCGGCGGACGAGGCAGUGAAACCUGCUUCGGGGCAAAAGAAAUUUGCGACCCAAGAAGCGAGUCUACAGUUUCAGACUAUGUAUUGUCUGGUUCAGUGCACGCCGGACCUUUCGCCCCGAGAUUGCAGGACGUGCCUGAGAGGUGCGAUCGGGGACCUCAUGCAGUGCAGUGACAGGAGGAUAGGAGGAAGAGUUCUGUAUCCCAGUUGCAACGUUCGCUAUGAAUUGUUCUCAUAUUAUAAUUCUAGUGGAAAGCCAGUAUCGCCACCUCCACCUACACUUUUUCCGGCCAAAAAUUCUUCAGAUCGUCUUCAAGGAAAAUCAAAGACCAUUGUGAUAAUUGUGGUUUCUGUUGUUGGUGCGGCGAUAUUUUUUUGUUUGGUGUACUAUCUCCUGACGAGUCUGACAAAAAAGAGACGCAGGGCUGCUCUUAGAAAAAAAUACUUUGGAGAUGAAAGCAACACUUUAGAGCCUCUACAAUUCAGUUUGGCUGCUGUCGAAGCAGCAACAAACAAGUUUUCACGGGAAAAUAGUUUAGGCCAAGGUGGAUAUGGACAGGUUUACAAGGGUAUUCUUUCAAAUGGCCAAGAAAUAGCAGUAAAGAGACUUUCAAAAGGUUCCGGCCAAGGUGCAGAAGAAUUUAAAAAUGAAGUUUUAUUCAUAGCCAGACUCCAGCACAGAAAUCUGGUGGCCUUACUGGGAUUUUGCAUAGAAGAGCAAGAAAAAAUUCUUAUUUAUGAAUAUGUUCCCAACAAGAGCCUUGAUUACUUUCUAUUUGGUUCCCGGAAAAAUAGAAGAUUAAAUUGGGAAGAGCUUUAUGAAAUCAUAAAAGGAGUUGCUCGAGGAAUUUUAUAUCUACAUGAAUAUUCGCGCCUUAAGAUCAUACACCGUGAUCUCACUAGUAAUAUUUUGCUAGAUAAUGAAAUGAAUCCAAAAAUUUCAGAUUUUGGCUUAGCUAGGAUGGUUGCUAUCAAUGAAAAUGAGGGAAAUACAAAGAGAAUUGUUGGAACAUAUGGUUAUAUGUCUCCAGAAUAUGCAAUGUUUGGACAAUAUUCUGAAAAAUCAGAUGUUUUUAGUUUUGGAGUUAUAAUAUUAGAAACUAUUAGUGGAAAGAAGAACUCAAGUUAUCAUGAUGAAUCACAAUAUGCGGAUAGCCUCUUAAGCUAUACGUGGAAUCAAUGGAAGGAUGAAAAGUUGCUAGAGAUGUUGGAUUCAAAUCUAAAAGAAAUGGGAUCAUAUAAUGAAGUGACAAGGUGCAUCCAAAUUGGGUUGUUAUGUGUUCAGAAACAUCCAGAUGCAAGACCUUCCAUGGCUACCAUCGUUUCAUAUCUUACCAAUGAUUCAAUUCAAUUGCCACAUCCACAGCAACCUGCAUUCUUUAUGCAUGGUCGAAGGAGACUUACUUCUGGAAGUAAAGAAUAUAGCUCUGUUAAUGAAAUGUCUAUAAGUGAUUUCUUUCCUCGCUAUUCACUGAAUCAUAAAAUUAAAGUCUUCAUACACCAACACCACCAACACGCCCUUCCUUCACCCAUUAACAUGACCUUCAGCACUAUAAUUUUCUUACUCUUCUUCAUCGGGUUCCUUAAUUCCUCUUCUGCUCAAGUAAUAGGACGCAAUUCUCUUUACCCUCUCUGCUCUAUCGACAACAACUUCACUGCCAAUAGUACCUUCCAAUCUAACCUCAACACCCUCUUUUCUUCCUUAACCUCCGACAAAACCGCCACCCUCGACUUCUACAACGCCAACGUUUCCAGCGGUGGCGAGACCAUAUACGGCCUCUUCAUGUGCCGGGGGGACGUCAACCACGACGCGUGCCGCCAGUGCGUCGGUAACUCAACGUUACAGUUAUCUUUAUAUUGCCGAUUUUCGAGGCAGGCCGUAAACUGGCGCGACAACUGCUUGGUUCGAUAUUCCGACCGCCACUUCUUCUCCACCGUUGACACAAGGCCCAGGCUCCGGAUGCUGAACCCUAACAAUGUCUCGAACCAGGCAGGAUUCAUGAACGUGUUGAUGACUAUUAUGAACCGGACGGCGGAUGAGGCGUCCAGGCCUGCCUUGAUGAAAAAGAAGUUUGCAACGAAUGCGGCGACGGUUGAGUUUCAAACUCUGUAUGGUAUGGUUCAGUGCACGCCGGAUCUUUCGGCGCGAGAUUGCAGAAGAUGUCUAAGUGAUGUGAUUGGGGACCUUCCAUGGUGUUGCGAGGGGAAGAUUGGAGGAAGAGUUCUGUAUCCAAGUUGCUUCGUUCGCUAUGAAUUGUAUAUCUUCUUUAAUUCUUCUAAGCCUAUUCGGCCAGUAACGCUGACGCCUCCUCCUCCGGCUCCACUUUCUCCUCCCACAAAUCCUUCAGGAAAAAGAAAAGGCCGAUUAACAAGGACCAUUGUGAUAGCUGUGGUUUCUCCUGUCGGUGCUGGGAUGCUUGUAUGCUUCGCCUACUAUUUCUUGAAGAAUCAAAUAAAGAAGAUACGUAUGGUUUUUCUCAUGCGAAAAUACUUUGGAAGCGAAAGCAACACUUUAGAGCCUCUGCAAUUCAGUUUGGCUACCAUUGAAGCAGCGACAAAUAAGUUUUCGCAGGAAAGUAGUUUAGGUCAGGGUGGAUUUGGACAAGUGUACAAGGGUGUUCUUUCAAAUGGUCAAGAAAUAGCUGUAAAAAGACUUUCAAAAAGUUCUGGCCAAGGAACAGAAGAGUUUAAGAAUGAAGUUUUAUUAAUAGCCAGACUCCAACAUAGAAAUUUGGUGGCCUUGCUCGGGUUUUGCAUAGAAGAACAAGAGAAAAUUCUCAUUUAUGAAUAUGUUCCCAACAAAAGCCUUGAUUACUUUUUAUUUGGUUCCCAUAAAAGCAAAGUAUUAAAUUGGGAGGAACGUUGUAAAAUCAUAGCAGGAGUUGCUCGAGGGAUUCUUUACCUUCAUGACUAUUCUCGAGUUAAAAUUAUACAUCGUGAUCUUAAACCUAGCAAUAUUUUAUUAGAUGAUGAAAUAAAUCCAAAAAUUUCAGAUUUUGGCAUGGCAAGGAUGGUUGGUAUCAAUGAAAAUGAGGGAAGUACAAAUAAAAUUGUCAGAACAUAUGGCUAUAUGUCUCCAGAAUAUGUAAUGUUUGGAGAAUAUUCUGAAAAAUCAGAUGUUUUUAGCUUUGGAGUAAUAGUUUUAGAAAUUAUUACAGGAAAGAAGAAUACAAGUUAUCACGAGCAAUCACCAUUCUCUCGUGGCCUUCUAAAUUAUGCUUGGAAUCAAUGGAAGGAUGAAAAGAUGUUAGAGAUAUUGGAUUCAAAUCUAAAUGAAUCCGAAUCGUUUAAUGAAGUGAUCAAGUGCAUCCAAAUAGGGUUGUUAUGUGUUCAAGAAAAUCCAGAAGCAAGGCCUUCCAUGGCUACAGUUGUUUCAUAUCUCAGCAACGAUUCAAUUCAAUUGCCAAUUCCGCAAGAACCUGCAUUCUUUUUGGAGGGUCAAGUGGAGCUUAAUACUGAAAGUAAAGAAUCGGUGAAUGAAGUGUCUAUCAGUGUGUUCUAUCCUCGGUAGUACGGAGCUUUUACAAUUUCAUCUUGUCCUUGGACGCCAAGGCUCUAUUUGGUACCUUGAUUAUAAAGAGAGAGAGUAUUUUUAUGUUAUUAUACCAAAA